AUGGAAGUAGACCAACUACCUCAAUUAACAAAAUGUAACGCUCAUGAUUUGUUCAGCCAGUUGCCAGAGGCGUCCAUAUCAACUUGGGAGACAUUCAUAGAUCUAUUCUUGAUCCACUUCCAAGCCACGAUGAUGUACAAACCGCCUUAUACAACCCUGGCUAACAUCAAGCAGGAAGUCGGUGAGUCCUUACAGGAUUAUUUUAAGUGUUUUAAUGCUAAAGUAACCAUGGUCGAGAAGGCCCCCGAGUCUUCAUUAGUUUGUAUGUUAAUUACAUGUGUCUUGCCAAGAACCGAUUUUUGGAAGGAGUUCCAGGCUCGCAGACCAGAUUCAUUUGUAGAAUUCUUCGCCAUGACUGAGCCACACAAGAGAAUCGAGAAUUCUCUAGCUGAACUAGAAAGGGUGAAGGAAAAGCGCAAGUCACCCGUACCACGAUCACGAUCUCAAAGUCCUAGAGGAAAGAACCGCAAAGGUAGAAGCCUGAGAAGACGCAGCCCCCAGAGGCAGCAAAGUCCAAAGCUUGCCAAGUCCCCUUCCAAGAAGGAGACAUCUCCAAAGAGAAAAGGAGGACCACGCUUUGUUAAUUACACUGAACUGACGGUCCCCCGCGAUCAUAUUUAUGUGAUAGAAGAGAAAAAUAGAGUCUUCAGAAAACCUCCCCCAAUUAGAGGAAAUCGUGACAAAAGAGAUCCGAAGAAGUUUUGCAAGUACCAUAAGGACAUCGACCAUACCACUCUGGAAUGCUGGUUCCUACAAGACGAAAUCAAAAAAUUGAUCAGACGAGGAAAAUUCAGUAAGUACAAAGAAGAGCGGAGAAACUCAUCCCCAAGCGGAUGA